CACCUACACACACAAUUAUACUGCCAGUAACUGCAGGGUCACGCUCAGAGGUUUCUGUUAUUCAUCCACCAACAUCAUGAUCGGAAGAGUUGUUUUUCUGGGACUCCUGCUCAUCUGUGUGGCUACAGAUGCUGAGGAGAACAAUGGACUCAUGAGAAAGGCUUCCUGUCCAGUCAUGGAGGAGAUCAUGGCGUGCCCCCUGAACCUCGCUCCUGUGUGCGGCAGCGAUGGGAACACCUACGCCAACGAGUGUACCCUGUGUGCCCGAAGCCAUACAAUCAAGAUGGACAUCUUGGUUGCCAAAGAGGAGAGCUGCUGAGCCGGGGGAUGAUGUCACCGCUAAUGGGACCAAUCAGGAUGCGACUAUCGACCCAACAUGGAUCUGUGAAAUUACAUUUCCUAAAUGUUUGUGUCAUUGCAAUGAGUAAUAAAUGUCUAUCAGCAACAAACAA